CGUUUUUCCGCCCUCCGCGCUCCUGGUCUCGGCCGAGCUAGCACAGCCGGGGUGUUUGGCAAAGCGGAGGCAGCCGCAGGCGCGCCGCCGAAGCGAUCCGCUGAGCCUGUUGCCGCCGCCGCCGCCGCCGCCGCCACCGCCACCGCCACCGCCACGCCCCGUGCGCCGUGACCCGCGACCCCAGACCCCGACCUCUUUUAGAUCGGCCCGCGCGCCCCAGGCCCGGCCCGGGCGGCGCGACGGGAGGAUGAGCGGCGGGCGGCGGAAGGAGGAGCCGCCUCAGCCGCAGCUGGCUAACGGGGCCCUCAAAGUCUCCGUCUGGAGCAAGGUGCUGCGGAGCGACGCGGCCUGGGAGGACAAGGAUGAAUUUUUAGAUGUGAUCUACUGGUUCCGACAGAUCAUUGCUGUGGUCCUAGGUGUCAUUUGGGGAGUGUUACCAUUGCGAGGUUUCUUGGGAAUAGCAGGAUUCUGCCUGAUCAAUGCAGGUGUCCUGUACCUCUACUUCAGCAACUACCUACAGAUAGAUGAGGAAGAGUAUGGCGGCACGUGGGAGCUCACAAAGGAAGGGUUUAUGACAUCGUUUGCCUUGUUCAUGGUCAUUUGGAUCAUCUUUUACACUGCCAUCCACUAUGACUGACGGUGCACAGUCCCCACCUGCUCCCUGUCCGGUCCAAAGGACCCUCUUAGUUACACCACAGAAACACGAUUGUUGGGGGGCACCCCAGCCACGCGGAACCUGGAAGACCUGUGUUUCCUGGACCGAGAAUCAGUGUGUUGGGCGUCAGUGUUUUCUGCAAGGGUUGUG